AUGAUGCAUUCGGUCAAACCAGAGAAGGAAGGAGUUGACGAAUUCCAGUGGAGGUUGAAUCCGGACGGAUGUUUCUCGGUGGCUAGCAUUUCAAUGUUGCUGGCUGACAGUAAAGAGGUGUCGUGGCUGCCCUCUACGGUGAAGUUAUUAAAGCUUUUUUGGAAUUCGCUUGUCCCGUUCAAAAUUCAGAUUUUCAUGUGGAGGGUGUGUAUCGAUAGACUACCUACAAAAGACUCUUUGAGUAAAAGAGGAGUUCUUGAUAUCUCUUCAAACCUUCUUUGCGAGUUUUGCAAGAUUCAUUUGGAGACUUCUACACAUUUUUUUUUUCUGUGUAAUGUGGUGAAGGCUUUGUGGAGGCGGAUCUAUCUUUGGUUAGGGGAGGAUCUCCCUUUCUCGUUAGCGAAGUUUUUCGAUUUCGGUAUCAUUCAAGAGAAGGUGAAAAAUGUGAAAUCUAGGAAGAAAAUUAACUCUAUUUGGAUUGCUACUGCUUGGAGUCUUUGGAUCAUGAGAAAUGCCAUGAUUUUUGAUAAGGUUGCAUAUAGUUUUGAUAAGGUGUUUUACAAUAUUAUGUUUCUUUCUUGGAGUUGGUUAGAUAGUUCUAAUUCGCUUUUGUCGUGUAGUUUUUAUGACUGGUAUAAAUUACCAUUGGAUUGUUUCAAUGAUUUAUAG